AUGUUUAUCUUUUUAUUGAGCAAUUGUCAGUCAAUUACCUAUAAUCUUUAUCCACCAUUUAAAAACACUGCACCUGGUGAAUUCGGAUUAUGGUCUGUUGCUGGUUCAACUUCAAACGCAAAGAAUCAUAUUCAUAUUACUUCAAGGAAAAAUAAAAUUAACGGCGCUUUAUGCUCACGUAUACCUACGUCAUAUCAAAACUUUGAAACAGUAUUAAAUGUUUCCCUUAUUUCGGGCUCAUUCCACUAUUUAUUCACUCAAGAUGCAUGCCCAAUUGUGCAUCGUUACAAUGGUGGAUAUUGGCGUGGAUUUAGUUUAAAUUUCAACGAAUCUAAUGAAAAACUUAAUAUUUCGUUUACAAUUGUUCGAAAUGAUUACACAUAUAACACCCAAGACCUUUGCCUUAUCAACACAACGAACCCUGUCAUAAAAGUUAAAUCUGGCGAGAAUGAAGCUACUGUUCAGUACUUUGAUGGAAAUAAAUGGAAAGAUUGCGGUUCAAAGCAUGUUUUCCCAUACUUAGUUGUUGGAUACUUUACGUUAACUGCAUUUCCGAUUGAAGAAUUCGCUCAAGCCCGCAUUUAUUCUUUCAAUACUUCUAUUCCUUAUAAUUACUCUGAAGAAUUCGAUACAACACGUCUCGAAAAACUUGUUAAGAGAAUUGUCAAUCCAAAAACCAAAAAAGAGAAGCCGAUGUCUUUAGCAACUAGAAUUUCUUAUUCUCUUCCAGAAGACACGAAUUCCUCAGAAUAUUUCAAGUACAUAGACAUCAUUCUUGCUGAAAUGAACGUUAGUCUUACAAAUGCUCUCAACUCUACAGGAUUAAAAUCAAUUAUUGAUAAAAUGAUCAAAACUAAGCUCAGCCGCAUUGAAAAGAAGUUUUCCAAGCGUAAACAGCUACUACAAGAGAUUGAUGAUAGUAUGAAACGCGUAAAGGCCGGAAUUCAAGUAGAUUUAAACCAACUUGAGUCAAACAUUUAUUCUUCAAUGGAAACGGCCAAACAUACUUCUGUUUCAGAGCUUAAGAAAUUUUUAGAUAAGGUAAAAGAUGCUGAAUCUCUUACAAAUUCAACAAAAGAAUCAGCAAAAGAAAUGAAGUCAAUGUGGCUUCCUACCUUCUUGUAUGUAAUAUCUUUUAUAGAGUUAGCACUUUAUAUAGCGUUCUUCUUCCAGAGAAAGAAAGCUACUCAUAAUUUUAAGAAAUAUGAUUAA